AUGGGAGUUGUACUUCGACUGGCGCAUCUACAUCUUUUCCAGGAGAGACAGCAGCCGAGAAUGCACCAAGAUAUAUGCUGCACUGACGUCGCAGAUCCUGCUACUAAUUUACUAAAUAGUACCGUUACAGUAAUUUCUUCUUCCGAUUCACCAAAUACUGCAUACAUCAUUCGCAGACGCGCCGAAAUAGCCGCUUCACGUAAGAGUGGACCAGCCUUUGCUCAUCGAACAUUGACAAUAAAGGAAGGCUUUCUUCCGGCAAGCUCUCGAACAUUAUUUCGAUACACUCGCCGAGUCACGGGUUCGCUCUAUGAGCCCACAGCGAUUCAAAGCCUGUUGCUGAUCUCAAGCUAA